AUGAUGCAGUACGAAGGGGUCGGCCUCCACCAAGAAUUGCAUCAAGGCUUGCAGCUGGGAGGCGAAGUAGCGGGGCCAGGUCGACGGACGGACCUAUUCGGGCGCGGCCGCCGUCAGGUAGAGCAGAUGCAAAGGCAACAGACUCAAGAGUCGCGGCCAGGAGACCCAGCGUCGAUUCUACAGACUCAGUUCGGACACGCGAAAGGGAUUCUAGGCGUGCACGCGGGUCUUCAGACGACGAGGCCGCGGCCAAGUCCAUGGCUCGAAGAAGAACCGAUUCUCCCAUGGGAUAUGGGAGAGCCGACCGAAAUGGGAGCGACGCUGCCAGUUUCCCCGCCCACCGCACCUACAUGCAGCGGGUCUGACACGGGCAAGUACCGUCUGGGGCAGAAGGUCGAAGGCCGUUUUCGCGGAAAAGGGCGGUGGUACAAGGGCCGUAUUGUAGGAGUCAACGCCGGAGGAACGUACGAUGUGCGCUAUGAUGAUGGCGACGAGGACCUCGGCCUAGAUGCCUCCGCCAUCAGGUCGGAGGAAGCCAGAGACAGCGGCCGUGGAGGGGGCAACAUCGAUAGGCGCGAUGAAGAGCGCCGUGGGGGAACAGAAGCAGGGCGCGCCCCUGCUUACCGCCUCGGAGACAGGGCGGAGGCUAGGGCGCCAGGGACGAACCGGUGGCAGCGAGUCACUGUCGUCGGCGAAAACCGAAACGGUACACUGGAUGUCCGUUUCCGGGAUGGCACCGAGGAGAGACGGCUCGACCCAAGCAUGGUUCGGCCGCUGGAAGAGGACGACGGGGAACGCAGAGGCAACGGCCGCGACAGUGUCGACUCCAUGGAAUUCGCCGAGGGCGACAGGGUGGAGGCGCGGUUCGGUGGCCGAUCGCGAUGGUACAAGGCCACGGUCGAGCGGAAGAAUAGGGAUGGGACCUACUGGCUGAUCUACGCAGACGGGGACGAGGAAAGAGCGGUAGACAAGUCUCUCAUGCGUAGGAUCGGCAACGGCGGAGAGCUACCAAGGUCGGGAAGCAGGAGCCCCGGGCGACGGGUUGUGUCGGGCGUUGAGUCAGAAACAGGCAGCGCUACGGGCAAGAAUUGUCGAGUUGGAGAUGCCGUGGAAGCGAGGUACAAGAGAGGCCGAAAGUGGUACCCGGGCGUGGUGAGGAGGGUAAACCGAGACGGGACGAUGGACAUAACCUACAAGGACGGCGACUCCGAGCGUGACGUAGACCCAUCGCUCGUUCGCAGCAAGGGGGGCGUCAGCGUUGAUUCGCUGGCUUCGUCUUCUGCGGACACCGGCUUCUCUCGGGGCGACAAGGUGGAAGCCAGGUUUGGCGGGCGCUCUCGCUGGUUCAAGGCCACCGUAGAGAGGGAGAACAGGGACGGCACCUACCACCUGUUGUACGUGGACGGGGACGAGGAGAGGGCCGUUGAGAAGCACUUGAUUCGCAGAAUCGAGGGUGUAGGCUCCUCGACUGCGGACGGAAGGGCGGCGUCACGGAGCAGGAGCCCCGCGGAUCGUCGCGCGAGGGACGACGUGGCGGGGAGGGAGGAGUUCGCGGAGGGCGAGAGGGUCGAGGCGCGUUUCGGUGGCAGAUCACGCUGGUCCAGGGCAACGGUCGAGCGGAAGAACAGGAACGGUACGUAUAGACUGGUGUACGCGGAUGGCAACGAAGAGCGGGAGGCAGAGAGCCGUCUGAUACGAGCACUCGGGAGCGGCGGUGACAAUGGUGGCAGCGGCAGCAGCCCGCGACGACCAAGUAGCGCAGUCGCUGACAGACGAGGAGCGUCCAACUUGGAUAGUGGUUCAGACGUGGGCAACGCCAGGAAAACGGCGAUCCGUGCCAACGACAGGAUCGAGGCGAGAUUCAAAGGGGGUCAAAAUUGGUACGCCGGAAUCGUUGUAGCGGCCAACAGAGACGGGAGUUUCGACGUCAAGUACGACGAUGGUGACCGAGAGUACGAUGUCGACGCAAGGCUAGUCCGUAGUUUAAGCACCGGUUCCGUCCGGGACGCUAGUGCAGCGCGCGAGCGCGGCAGGGGCGGCGGCGGUAGGGCCGAGGACGCGGCCGACGGGUACGCAAGGGCACGUCAUGCAGGUGCCAGCACGGUCUCGCUGGACUCUGUACCCGCCGACAGAGACUUUGCGGUGGGCGACAAGGUGGAAGCCAGGUUCGGUGGUCGGUCUCGCUGGUUCAAGGCCACAAUUGAGAGGGAGAACAGGGACGGUACCUAUCACCUAUUGUACGUGGACGGAGACGAGGAGAGGGCCGUUGAGAAACAUCUGAUUCGCAGGGUCGGAGCGAGCACGUCCCCCACGGCCGGGAACAGGAGCCCCGGGCGGCGUGUGGUGUCCGGAGUAGAUUCCGAGACCGAUAGUGCGGCGGGUAAGGCUUUUCGAGUCGGAGAUGACGUGGAAGCGAGGUACAAGAGGGGCCGCAAGUGGUACCCGGGCGUGGUGAGGAGGGUAAACCGAGACGGAACGAUGGACAUUACAUACAAGGAUGGCGACUCCGAGCGCGACGUAGAUCCAUCGCUCGUCCGCAGCAAGGGGGGUAUCAGCGUUGAUUCGCUGGCUUCGUCUUCUGCAGACACCGGCUUCUCUCGGGGCGACAAGGUGGAGGCCAGGUUCGGAGGUCGGUCUCGCUGGUUCAAGGCCACAAUUGAGAGGGAGAACAGAGACGGUACCUAUCACCUAUUGUACGUGGACGGAGACGAGGAGAGGGCCGUUGAGAAACAUCUGAUUCGUAGGGUCGGAGCGAGCACGUCCCCCACGGCCGGGAACAGGAGCCCCGGGCGGCGUGUGGUGUCCGGAGUAGAUUCCGAGACCGAUAGUGCGGCGGGUAAGGCUUUUCGAGUCGGAGAUGACGUGGAAGCGAGGUACAAGAGGGGUCGAAAGUGGUACCCGGGCGUGGUGAGGAGGGUAAACCGAGAUGGUUCAAUGGACAUUACAUACAAGGACGGCGACUCCGAGCGUGAUGUAGACCCAACACUCGUCCGCAGCAAGGGGGGUAUCAGCGUUGAUUCGCUGGCUUCAUCCGCGUUCAACGCUAGCUUCUCUCGGGGCGACAAGGUGGAAGCCAGGUUCGGAGGUCGGUCUCGCUGGUUCAAGGCCACAAUUGAGAGGGAGAACAGGGACGGUACCUAUCAUCUAUUGUAUGUGGACGGAGACGAGGAGAGGGCCGUUGAGAAACAUCUGAUUCGUAGGGUCGGAGCGAGCACGUCCCCCACGGCCGGGAACAGGAGCCCCGGGCGGCGUGUGGUGUCCGGAGUAGAUUCCGAGACCGAUAGUGCGGCGGGUAAGGCUUUUCGAGUCGGCGACGAAGUGGAAGCGAGGUACAAGAGGGGUCGAAAGUGGUACCCGGGCGUGGUGAGGAGGGUAAACCGAGACGGAACGAUGGACAUUACAUACAAGGACGGCGACUCCGAGCGCGACGUAGAUCCAUCGCUCGUUCGCAGCAAGGGGGCCGUCAGUGUUGAUUCGCUGGCGACCAGUACCAACACAAGCGACACCGCGCGUGGCGGUGGCGGCCGCAGCAACGACUUUGCGGUAGGCGACAAGGUGGAGGCUAGGUUUGGAGGCCGUUCGCGCUGGUUCAGGGCCGCCGUAGAGGGAAAGAACAGGGACGGGACGUAUUGUUUGUUGUACGACGAUGGAGACGUAGAAAGGUCCGUUGACAAGAAGCUAAUCAGGAGCCUGGCCAGGCCUAGCGGUGAAACAAAGAGGGACGAGAAAUACGCGACGGAGGUGUCCGCGGCGCACCGCAUCGGCGACGAGAUCGAGGCGAGGUACAAACGCGGGCGCAAGUGGUAUCCGGGAAAGGUUCGGGCGGUAAACGCGAACGGAAGCUACGACAUCAGGUACUUAGACGGAGACUCAGAGCGCGACGUCGAGGCAGCGUUCGUGCGGCCGAUCGGGGGGAGUGCAGCCGGAGAGUCCCCCGGCGGCUUGGCAGUGGGAGACAAGGUUGAGGCAAGAUUCCGGGCGGGGUCACGUUGGUUCAAGGCGACGGUAGAAGGAAAAAACAGGGAUGGGACUUUCAGCUUGUCGUACGACGACGGAGACUUUGAAACGGCUGUGGAGCGGGACCAUAUCCGGAAGGUCGAAGGCGACCGCGCCGGCGGGAAGACAGCAGAAAGCAGCGGUCGAGGCGGUGCGAGAAGGGGUGUGUCCCGGGCUGGUUCCGAGACCGGAACCGACGUCGACCAGGGCGAAGAGAGAAAGGUCCACGACCGAGGUGAAACUCGGAGUCUGGAAAGGAGGGCGGACCUUCCUCGUGCUGGGGACGACGUUGAAGCCCGGUUGCGAGGCAGUUCGAUGUGGCGGCUGGGCAGGGUCGCUCGCGUCCAUCGCGAUGGCUCCUACGACGUCGAGUACGGCGGUGGAAAGAGCGAGAGGAACGUACCGGCUAGCCACGUCCGGUCCUUGAUGAAAAAAGAUUCCCGCAGCGGCGACAGCGACAGCGACCGCAAGAGCAGGUACAGAGACACCACGAAAAGAAGUCAAACGGUCGCGAUCGCGGAGGGCGACCAAGUGGAGGCGCGUCUCCGGGGGGGGUCUACCUGGCAUAGCGGCAAGGUAACCAGAGUACAUUCUGACGGUACGUAUGACGUCCGCUACAGCAGAGACGGCGAACUGGAGAAGGGGAUCGAGCCUCGCCUCGUCCGUCUGCCGCACUACCCUGAUGGUACUGUGCGAGCAGGCAGCCCCCGAACAAGCAAUCGCGGGAGGAGUGGUGGUGCGGACACUUCGAGCGACGAAGGAUCCUACCGAGGGACGGAGAGAGGCCGUCGCAAGGAAAGGUCGCCUAUCCCUCAAGAAACCGCGAGCGAGGAUGCGGAAGCGGCAGCGACGAAAGUGCGGCGCUCCCUCCGCCACGCCGGGAAAACCGUGGACGACCUCGUGCGGAAGCUCGAGCGGUUGCGGCGGUCGACCGGUGGUAUCGACGAAAACACCUUGGGGCGUGUGCUAGCAAGGGUUGGCAUCGAGAUCUCAACUCGCGAAGCCCGAGCGCUCCGGCGCUGCUGCCCGGACGUCGAUAACCACGGCUGUGUUGCUCCUUCUGCCCUUGCAGGUUUGGUGUCAGGAAGAAAUAAAUCUCCGAUCAAGCGAAGGCGAUCGUCCGGCUCCGCCACCCGUGGUGGCCGCCGUCAUGCUUCGAUAUCGGAACUGGCAUCGGACCAGUCGGAGUCGGAGUCCGCCAUCAAGGGACCGGCGUCGGUGGCACGGAGAGGACGGGUGCGUGGCUCUAGCUCCUCGUUGGACAGUAGAAUCAGCAGCGGUAGUAGCGGCGGCGGGCGCCUCCACCGCCGCCACCACCAUGCAAAGGCCAAGGCCGCACCAGAACGUCGCUCUCCAACGCAGCGGAAAAAGCUGGAUACUGGCAGCGGAAGCGAACUUGGUGGCGACACCUCGUCUGACGGGCAAGGCAUGGGAGGCGCACUUAUCGGCAACAAGGGCUCGAGGGCGCUGAGAAAGCUAGGAGGCUCGGCUUUCGACGGGAGUCUGCGGCAGGAGUUCGACAAGCUGAACGGCAGCGGGAGGCGUCGAGUCCUGCCGAUUUCGAGCCUAAAACCGUUGCUUCGACACGUUAGGGUGAAGCUCGAGGAGUCGUCCCUCGCCGAGGUGAUGGUCGUCGUGGACCCUGAUGGCCUUGGUUCGUUCUCUCUUCAAGGACUACUUGAGGUGGCGCUGUCCACGUUUGAGGAUAAGAAGGUAUCCAAGGUUUACAGCAGCGUCUGCGAACAGCUUUUUAAGCCCACGAAUGGUCGAGGUCGAAAAGGACGUAAAGAGAGCCAGGAAGCCGAGGCCGCCAGUGCGGCCGUGUCUAAAACGCUUUCCAAGCUGGAGCACCCUAAGGGAUCGGGGUUGCUCACAACGGGGGACUUGAAGAAACUGGUUUGCCUGGGCACAUGCCAACCUCUUCAGCUCGCGAAGAACAGUAUAGACAGUUGCUUGAGAUUUUCAUGA